AUGUCGUCCCUAAGCGAGCAAUUAGCCCAAGUUGCUGCUAAUAACUCGACUGUCGCAUUUGAUAGAAAGAGAAGACAAAAAUUACAUUCGGCCUCAUUAAUUUAUAAUCCAAAGACUGCUGCAACCCAGGAUUAUGAUUUUAUCUUCGACAAUGCUUUAACAGCUUUAAAUGAACUUAUUGAUAUUGAUCCAAGAUUCGGAAUCUUCACAAAAUCUUUAUUUUCUGAGACGUCAAUCAGCAUUGAUAGAAAUGUCCAAAGCAAGGAGGAAAAUAAAAACCUAGACAAUGCCAUUAAUGGUUACUUAUUAUUAGCAUCUUCAAGAUGGAACCUAACACCAACACUUCAUGCAACAGAAUGGUUGGUACGUCGUUUUCAGAUCCAUAUUGUAAACGCCGAAAUGCUCCUAUUAUCUACUUUGAAUUACUACCAAUCACCUGUCUUCCAAAGAAUUUUGAAUAUUGUCAAAUUACCUCCUUUAUUUAAUCCACUGUCUAAUUUUGUAAAGAAUGAUAGUACCCCAACUAAUUUAACCAUGGUUAAAUUAUUUAAUGACAAUGAUUUCCUAAAAUUAUAUGCCAAUUACUUGAAUAAAUGUUUGAAACAACAAACUACUUAUACCAACCAGUUACUUUUUAUUACAUGUUGUUUCAUUAACCUGAUAUCCUUUAAUUCAGUAAACGAAGAGAAAUUGAAUACUUUAGUCCCUCUUCUUUUGGAAAUCUCAGCUAAGUUACUAGCCUCUGCUUCCGUAGACUGUCAAAUAGCUGCUCAUACUAUCCUUGUAGUUUUUGCAACAGCUCUUCCUCUUAAAAAAGUAAUUAUUUUGGCUGCUACAGAAACUAUAUUGGCUAACCUAUCUGAUGAAAAGGCCAAAAAAUCUGCCUUAAGUACAAUUUUUAAAAUGUUCCAAACCCUGAAGGGUCAAGGUAAUAUUGAUCACUUACCAAAUAAACUGUACACACUUUUUGAUUCCAGAUAUAAUAUUGAAUACAUUGCCAAGACUUUGUCCGCUGAAGACAUUACUUCCUGCGAUAAAUUCAUUACAACAUACGCCAGAGCUAUUACUAGAUAUGAUCAAUUUAAGUUGUCAAAUAUUGUUGCUAUUUUAGAGAAAGUUAAACUUGAAAAAUAUGAGGUUAGAAUGAUUAUCAUGGAUCUUAUUAAUCUAUCCGAAAUCAUUGAUGAUAAAUCACAACUUAUCGAACUAUUUGAAUAUUUUGUGAAAAAUAACGAAAAGUUAGUUAUUAGUUGCCUGAAGUCUCUAAAUAUUGCACCUGAAAUAUUUGAAAUCAGACUAACAACGUCUUUAUUUUCCACUCAAAAUGAAACAGCUGAUAUUGUAACAAAAAUUGAAGCCCAAAAAGUUGUUGGAGAAAAGAGCAAAAUUCCAUCUUUCAAAGAGUUUUUGGAUAAAAACGCUCAACACAUUACUACUGGUGACUUUUCUUUGUUAGCUGAAAAUGAUGAAAUCUUUUCUAAACAAUUAUCUCUGUUUGUUGAAGCAGUCGGUAAAAACUAUCAGCCUGGUCUUUUCCUUUCAUCAUUUUUCACUACUCUCGAGGCCAGGAUAACAUUUUUAGCAAGGAUUUCAAUCUCUCCAGCUGCACCAGUUGCUCUAAGAUUAAUUGCUUUAUCCAACAUUUCUAAAUACUUGCAUAGCAUAGAUAAGGAGUCUAAUGUGUUCUCAAUUGUUCCAUGUCUAAUCUGUUCUUUGAAUGACUCUUCAAGAAAUAUAAGGAUCACAGCCAAGAAAGUUCUUACUCAAAUAUCAAAGAGACCAUCUUCAAAGCAUUACUUCAUGGCUAAUGACAUCUAUGGUAAAGAUAUCAAAGUUCCUAUGUUGUCCCCCAAAGAUAGUGAAACUUGGUUAAAUAAAUUUUUAGAUGAGUAUAUUGUUGAAAACAGGGAUUUGUCAAAUGUUUUUAUUCCAAAGAAGAAUGAUAAGAUUUACUUACUAUUUUGGGCUGAUCAAGCACUAUAUUUCCCAUUACCUCAAGCUAAGAUCAUUCUUCUAGAUAACCUGAAGAAAUAUUCGGCAUCCACUACUGCAUAUUCUUCAGUCUUCGAAUCAUUUUUGAAAGAGUACCUAUCUAAUAGACAAUCAUGGGAAAUUAGAUGUAAGACUAAUAAGUGCAAUUUUAAGGAUUUUGAAAGAAGGAUUGUUGAUCUAAUAUCUGAAAAGGAGAAGAAUCAGAAUAUGAUUAGCUUCAUUAUAGAUGCUUUGAAAUCUGAACACGAGCAAUUGUCUGAACUAAUAACUGAAAGAUUAAUUAAAAUAUUUGAUACUCUAAAAACUUCUUUUCAAUUACAAAUUUUACAAAGCAUUAUCGAGACCACAAUUGAACCCGAUCAAAGUUACGAUACUAUCGGAACUAUUCAGGCACUACCUUUAAACGCUGAUUUAAUUAACACUAUCUUAUCUCAAAAUAAAAUUAACAGUGAUACUGAAGUUGCUGGCUUUUCAAAAAGAAGAAGAAGAAGUUCAUCAAAUAAAUCCGCUCUGCAAAAAGAGGAGAUUUCUAUUUUGGCGGAAAAUCAUAUGAAAAAAUUAACUGUAGUAUUGGAGGCUCUAGAUAAACAAAAUGUUCAGGGGUCUGCUGAUCUAUUAUCUACGCUAUUAUCUCUGCUAUCCGAUCUUGAGACACUUGACCAAGAUGGCCAUCUUCCAGUUCUAUAUGCUCAGGAAACGAUUGCAUCGUGUAUUUUGAACACCAUCGCUUCUAUGAAGAGUAACGGUGUGUCAGGUUUACAAAAUGUUAGGGCAGAUAUUGUUGUAUCCGGUAUCAGAAACACAGCAUCCCCUCAAUUACAGAACAAGCUCCUACUUGUAAUCAGCGCAUUGGCAUCAUUAAGUCCUGAAACCAUCCUGCAUUCUGUCAUGCCAAUUUUUACCUUUAUGGGUGCGCAUAGUAUCCGUCAAGAUGACGGUUUUACAACUCAAGUUGUUGAAAAAACUAUUUCUACCGUUGUCCCUGCAUUGCUAGAUAAUAGCACUGAAAAUCUACAAGACGAAAUCGAGUUCUUAUUGAUGAGUUUUACCACAGCUCUUCAACAUGUUCCUAAACAUAGAAGAAUCAAACUGUACUCAACUCUUGUCCAAACUUUAGGUGCAUCCAGAUCGUUAGGUCCUUUCUUUUUCCUAAUUGCUCAACAGUAUUCGACCUACCUUAACGAGUUUAAAUUGGGGGAUGCAAAAACUGUUGUUGAAUUUGCUAAAGCUUUCCUGGGGAAAUUUGAAGUCAAGGAACAACUAACAGGGGUUUCUAGCUUCUUUAACAUUAUCGAAACACUGGUGAGUGCAUCAAUGAAUGAGGACAAGAAGCAGGAACUUGAAACUCAAACAUUGUUUUCGAAUGGUAUUUUAAACUUGCCAAGUAAUGAAUUAUCGUUGUUUGUCAAGAACUCCUUUGAUUUCAUCAACAAGACUAUUCAAGACGAUAAUUCAGAUUAUUACACUGCAAAUGGUAGCUUUAGAGUCAGAGUAUACUCAUCACUAAUUGAUGUCACCAAUGAUGCUAAGGAAAUUAUUGAUAUAAAAUCAGAGUUUAGCAACAUCAUAAGAGAUAUACUACUAUUUAUUAAUGAUAUCAAUACUUUUAACAAGAAUAGCUCUACUUCAAGUGAUUCUGAUUCCGAUACCAAACAAUCGAACGAACACUACGAUGAGUUGAAAGCGACCUUAUUUAGUUUAUUGCAAAAUAUGCUGUCUGUCUUACCUAUCGAAGACUUUAUCGAAACAAUUAAACCACUGUUAAAUAGCAAAAAUAACGAUAUUAGAUAUCAUAUUACAUUGGUUAUUGGAACCAAGUUUGAUUUAGAACCUAUAGAUGUUGCACCAACAGCCGAAAAGGUAAUAAAUUAUUUACUAGAACAAAUAUCCACUGGUUCUGAGACAACUCUUGUUAGUCAAGUUAUGUUGAACACUAUUGCAUUAUUAAUCAAUAAAUUCGGUUCAAAUAUCAGUCAACCAAUCAUUAAUAAAUCACUUGACGAAUGUACCAAAAAUCUUUCACAGGACAAGGUAGAAAUUAUUAUUUCCUCCCUUUCUGUUAUUACAAAUAGUAUUCAAGUUCUUGGAAUUAAGACAAUAGCAUAUUAUCCAAGGAUUGUCAAACCUUCUAUUGAGUUGUUCAAGAAAACUGAGAACAACAAGGAAACGUUCUUAAGAUCUCAACUACAAUUAUCUAUUAUGUUACUAUUCGCCACAAUGGUGAAGAGUAUGCCAAGUUUUGUUUUAUCUAACCUAUUCGAUGUUUUGCAUAUAAUAUUCUUUGCUGAUGAAAUAGAGACAACUGUUAGAUUAUCAGCAAUAGAUCUGAUAAUUUCCAAUAUUGAUUUGAAGGAAGUUUUGAAAGUUUUAUACAAAUCCUGGAUAACUGAGGUAUCAACACUGGAUGAUUCCGUUACAAUUUCUUUAUACAUGAGUGCGUUAGAAGCUACUGUGGAAGCAGCUGACAAAAAGACUGCUACUUUUCAAUCACCAACAUUUUUCAAAUUACUUCUUUCCUUAUUUGAGUAUAGAUCUACUAGUGCGUUUGAUAAUAACACUAUUAGCCGUAUCGAAGCCUCUGUAUACCAAAUUGCGAACUCAUACGUUUUGAAAAUGAAUGAUAAGGUUUUCAGGCCAUUAUUUGCAGUCGUAGUUAGAUGGGCAUUUGACGGCGAGGGUGUAACCAACACUAAAAUGUCUGAAGUAGAAAGAUAUAUUGCAUUCUUUAAAUUUUUCACAAAGUUGCAAGAGAACUUGAAGGGUAUCAUUACCAACUAUUUCACAUAUAUUUUGGAACCAGUUAACAACCUUCUACUAGAAUAUAUUUCCAAAAAAAUGAAAGAUAUCAGUCUUCAACGUUUAUUGUUUAUUUCGCUAACAUCGUCGUUUAAGUAUGAUAAAGAUGAAUACUGGAAGGCUACAUCAAGAUUUGAGUUAAUUAGCGAAUCAUUAAUCAACCAGUUAGGCGUAGUCGACAGAGUCCUAGGUCGUCAUCUGGUGAAGGCUAUUGGUUCAUUAGCAGCCGCAAACAAUGGUGUUGAUGAACACAACCAAAUUAUGAAUAAAUUAUUGAUUAACCACAUGAAAGCUACCUGUACAUCUCAAGAGAAGCUAUGGGCUGCUAAAUCUAUUAAAUUGAUUUACUCUAAGGUUGGUGAAAGUUGGUUAGUACUGUUACCACAAUUAGUCCCAACUAUCGCCGAAUUACUCGAGGACGAUGAUGAAGAAAUUGAGGAUGAAGUGAGAACUGGACUUGUCAAAGUGGUGGAAAACGUUCUAGGUGAACCUUUCGAUAGAUACCUAGACUAA